UAAUAAUCAGUCAAUAGAUGUCACACACAAUGCAUUCAAAACACAUGUUUUCUACAAAUUGUAUACAAAAUUGUUUUGAUUUGAAAAUCACUAAACGUUUGCCGAUUUCUGUCAUUUGUGUGACCGCUUAUUAUGACCGUCGGGUCAUUACAACAGUGACUGAAAAUGUGUUUGAAUCGGACCCUAAUAUGCGGCGGCAAAACAAUAGUCAAGUCGACAAUAAAGCCGUCGGCCAUUGAAUUAGUUCCGAAACGACUGCCACCGUUGCCGACACCGAAAGACUUGAUUCGUAUUUACAAAGUUAAGGCCAGAAAACAAUUGUCGCAAAAUUUUUUGCUUCAGAAGAAUAUUAACGAACGUAUUGUUGUCUCAGCAGGUGUCAAAGAGGGCAGUCAUGUCCUAGAAGUGGGUCCGGGACCGGGAAAUAUCACCCGACAGAUACUGGAAAAGGGACCGAAACAGCUGUAUGUCAUUGAAAAGGAUCGUCGCUUUCUUCCGAUGCUUGAAAUGUUAUCGGACGCGGCAUAUCCGGGACAGAUGCGGAUCAUUAUCGGAGAUGUUAUGGACUAUAGUUUUGAAAAACUUUUUCCCGAAGAGACUCGUCGCGAAUGGACAGACGAGUCGCCUCCCAUUCAAAUUGUGGGUAACUUACCGUUCAAUGUGUCGACACCUUUGAUCAUUAGGUGGUUACGGCAGUUGUCCAACAGAACCGGUAUAUUUUCAUACGGAAGGGUCACACUAGCGCUUACCUUUCAAUAUGAAGUCGGCCAAAGAAUUAUAGCACCGACGCUAUCAAUGAUGAGAUGCAGACUUUCUGUAAUGUGUCAGCAUUUAUGUAAAGUAGAGCAAAGGUUUACAAUAAAUGGUACGGCAUUUACACCACCGCCUAAAGUGGACGUCUCUUACGUCAAAUUUACGCCACUUAUUGAGCCGCGAAUCAAAGUUCCCAUCGCUUAUGUCGAGAAAUUUUGUCGCCAAUUAUUUCAUUACCGAAACAAAUACAUCCGUAACUGUGUGGCCACACUUUUUCCUCCUGAUCUUAAAGAAGAACUUUUGCCCGAAAUAUUCGAAAAGGCCGACAUUGAUCCCGAACUCAGAUGUACUAUGCUUUCAGUUGAAGAGAUCGGCCGCUUAUGUACAUUGUAUCAGAAGAUGUGUGACGACAAUAUGGGUUUGUUUGAGUACGACUACAGAGCCCGCACUAAAACACCGAAAGUGGUGUCCGCUAUGUUUAAUGAUUGACCACUUUAUAGACAAUAAUCUUCAUAAUUAUAGAUAUGUUUAAUACGUUGUAUUAUUAAUAAAAUAUUAUUU